AUGGCCUCUACAGAUUCAAUAAUCAAAAUUCCGUCUAUCAGAAAAGGGUCAUCCGAUCCGGAUAUGUCAAACAAAAUCCUCCAAGAAACUGAUAAAGAUAAAGAAUGGAUCGUUGAGAUUCGUGAUUUCCUCAUGCUUGACCUUGAGAAAGGCUACGACAUGCCGCUUUGCAUCUUUCAGGUGCCCAAGCCUCUUGUUGAUGUCAAGCCAGAAGCCUACACGCCCCAGCUGAUAGCAUUGGGACCUUAUCACCAUUUCCACCCUGAGCUCUAUGAGAUGGAACAUUACAAGCUUGCUGCUGUAAAGAGGGCAAUUAAGCCAAAAUUCCAGCUCUCCGAAGUUGAAAAACUCAUUGCAGAGAUCGUUAAGCAAGUACCUUCUAUCCGCAAUUGUUAUCAUGAUUUGACAGCUCAUAAUCAUGACAUCAUAGCUUGGAUAAUGGCCAUUGACGGCCUCUUCUUGCUUGAAUUGCUUACUACUUUUGCCAACAAAGAAGGAGAAAUUUCUCGUAAUCAGUCUAAUGGGAAAAAUCAGCCCGAGGCUUACGCCAUACUCAGAGAUGUAAUGAAGCUUGAAAACCAGAUCCCAAUGAUUGUGUUAAAAGAGAUCCUGGAAAAAAACUGCUACUAUGCUACUUCAUUCUCCAAGGAAAUCGUAUAUGAGAUGUUGAUGAAAUUUUGUGACGAGGUCUCUCCAAUCAAAUUGGAGUGGAGUACUACUCCACCUUCAGACAAAGUCUUAAAGCACCGACACUUGUUGGAUCUUCUGUACCAUUCUGUCACGUUUAAAAGGAAUAAUGGAGAUAAUGGAGAUCCACACCCCGGUUGUUUAACCAAAGAUCCCACCUUCAACCAAUCCAAGGAUUCCAAUCCCAACAGUGAACCAAUUCAUUUUACGGCCAUCUCGGUCCUAUUGAAGAAGUUAUCGAGUAUGCCAGCCAUGAAAAAGGUGUCUGAGUUCCUUACAGCCAUCCUCGGGUCCCUUUUCACGCUAUCCAUGACAUAUUUUAAUGAGAAGAAAGUUCUGAUUCCUUCAGCAUCGGAACUCUGCCGUGCUGGUUUGAAGUUCUGCCCCACCGAUGGUGGCACUGCCAAUGUAAGAUUCGAAAGCAACACCAAGACAUUUUACCUUCCUGUUAUCACUAUGAAGCGUACCUCAGAAGUGGUAAUGAGAAACUUGGUGGCAUACGAAACUAUGGCCCGGUCGAAGACAAAGUCAUUGAAUUUCAAACGAUACACUGAACUGAUGAGCGCGAUUGUCGAUACAAUCGAAGAUGUUCAGUUGCUUAAGAAUGCCCAAGUCCUUAUUGUCGAAAAAAGGAAUGCUACCAAAGUCCCUAAUGGCCAAAAAGAGGAAGCCAAAGGCCUUGACGGCGAUGUUCUAAGUGAUGCUGAGAUCGUAGAAAUCUUUAACGAAAUGACAAAGACAAUGGAGUCAAAAGAUUGGGUCGUCGACGAAGCCAUUAGAAAUGCUAACAAAUGUUACAAUAACACAGAGAAGGUGAAGGCAUAUAGGCUGAUGAAGAAGCAUAUUUACUCUUCCUGGAAGAUUCUUACGCUUUUAGCUUCUCUGCUGUUCUUGUUGUUGACGUUCUUGCAAACAUUUUGCGAUAUCUACAGCUGUCCCAUUGCAUUCCACACGAUCAAAAAAACAGGAAAUUAG